AUGCGAUCAAGGCCGUGGCCGCCACACGACCCAGAAGUUUUCAACGCACUUUCGACAAAAAUUUUCAGAAGUGCUCUUGAACUAGACAAGUGGUGGUGGAAAGCUCAGAAUUAUGAGCCUUUGAGCGAAUUAAAAAAGGUGUAUAUAAACUGGGAGAAUCAAAGAAAUUCAACGUUGCACAGGAGAAAGCUAGACUGUACACACCACACCAGAAUGACAAAAGCGAUGCACAGUAUAUCAGGAUCGUUGCUGCGUCUAGGAGCCAGAAACCAACGCCAGCUGUGUGUCAACGGAGCGCAAGUGACAGCAAAAAGAGGCGUGGUAUUUGCUAAAGGCCCAAGGGUCAGGGGAGCCAUCCGGGACCCAGAAGACAUAUUCACGGUGAAAGGGAUUAGAUACGGACUGACCGAGGAGAACCUGAAACCAUUGAAGACGUUUUUGCAGUCCAAACUGCAAGGCAAGUACGAGCUGCCUGACAAGUUGCUUCUACAGAUAAUCACACACAAAUCUUUUGCACACGGCACGCAGCCGUAUAACGCAAGACUGUCCUAUUUUGGAAGAGAGCUGAUCCAACUGAGCGCUGCCAAGUACGCCAUAACACGAAGCACAAACAACGAAUAUGCCAUAAAUAAUCUGAACUUCGACUCGCUUGGAUCUUACACACAGGGUCUGAUGAAAACGGACCGGCUGCUCAAAGAGUACGCCGUUGCCAACAAUCUAGACGCUGUUUUCUUCAGACGGCUGGCUCUGCCCUCGGGAAGAGAAGACGAAAACUACAAACCGAAAGCAAUCUGGUCCACCUUGACUGCGUCAUUGGUUGGUGCCAUUGCCUCCCAGCACGGCAAAAAGGCGGCUGAGGAAUUCAUUGAGAAAGAGCUGUUUGGCGACGUUUUCAAACAGAUCCUUCCUGCGACCAAGGCGGCGUCUGAAUCGGCUUAG